CCUUGUUGUAAUGUCGGGUUGCAGAAUCCAAACCAACUUUUGUUACAAUCACUUAGGCCAUCCCUUGUUUUUCCGUUUUUCAGCAACUUCCUUGUGUACUUGCAUGUUGGUAGUAUCAGAGUAACACAAGAAGAUAAGCACCACUCAAUGAUUAAUAAUGGGAGAAAACUUGCUUGUCUACUUGGCGGGAGCCCGGUUCUACUUUCAAUUGUCAUUGCAGAAUUCAUUGUAUAAAUGGGUUCUCCUACCGGGUGCAAAUCAACACAAUUUUAAGUUUUGACUACCAGCAUUCAUUCCACUCAUUAAUCCUGCAAUAUUAAUCCGAUGGAUUCUAAUGCAUCAGGCUUCCUUCUAAAUCCUCCAGCUCUUCACUCUACUUACUAUCAGCCCAGGGAAGAUGAUGGUAUUAUUGAUCUGGGUCUCAGUCUCAGAACUUUGCAGCCUGAAGCUUAUCAUCCAUCUGGACAUCUGGUAGGCCUGGAGGGAUAUGGUGACCUGAUGGACUGGCCUCAGGCAAACCCACCACUAAAACACUCCACUGCAAGCUACAAUAGAUUUACUCCACAAGAUUUUGACAAGGAGGCAGAGGGAUUUCAGAGCAAAGACAGCUGGGCUUAUGUGAAGGUAAACAUGGAUGGGGUGAUUGUUGGCAGGAAAUUAUGCAUGCUAGAUCAUGGUGGUUACUCAAGCCUCGCACUUCAGCUCGAACAGAUGUUUGGAAGACAAUCUGCAUCUGGGUUAAGGCUGUUCCAAGCAGGGUCUGAAUUCUGCCUGUUCUACAAGGACAGAGAGGAGAAUUGGAGGACCGUUGGUGAUGUUCCUUGGAAGGAGCUUGUAGAAAGCGUCAAGCGGCUGAGGAUUGCACGGAAAAGCGAAUCUCUUCUUCCAUAUUCACCGGCCUUCUCCUGAAUUGUUCUUCUGCCAUCACUCCUUUUUAGGCAUCUCUUUGAAUUGCCAUGUCUAUUGUGUAUGCGGCAAAAAUGAGUAGUUAACUUUUAAGCUCCCAAGAAGAAUGAAAGAUGACAUUUGCAUCAGGAUAGUAGGCAGCACAUUUGCAUCGUAUGCUUAAUGUCCCU